AUGUAUAAACUGCUAGUGGCAUUGGUGUUAAUUGCAAUUGGAAUCCAGGCAUUCGAAGGUGUUGAAGUAAUCGAAGAAGAUGUUGAAAAUUUGCCCCCAUUCGAGGAAGACUUCGAAAACGAGCUGAGAAUACCACCGAAUUUCUUCGAUUCCAAAUACAACGAAUCGCGAGUAAACGGCGGAGUACCGGUGAACCAAAUCGUCCCCUAUCAAGUAUCCCUGCAGGCAUAUCGUCGAAAUCGUUGGCAUCACUUCUGUGGUGGAUCGAUUAUAACUCCCUACCAUGUAGUCACGGCAGCCCAUUGCGUUGAUAAAAUGCAGCCACAGGAAAUACACGUCGUGGCUGGCACCUUGACAUGGAGUAAAGGUGGUGAUCGUCAUCGUGCAGCAACCAUUCGCAUACAUCCACAAUUUACAAUGAGUCCGAAAAUAAUCAAUGAUGUGGCCAUCGUGAAAGUUUCGCCAGCUUUUAAUCUACAUAAGCCGACAAUAAGUACGAUCCACUUAGGUUCGACAAAUCGUAUUGGCGAAAAGGUGACUGUUCGUGUAACCGGCUGGGGUUCAGUAACACCAAGUGCAAGUACUGGGCUGCCGGAGAAGUUACAGGAAUUACGAUAUCAAACCAUAUCGAAUAAUGAAUGUGCCAGGAGGGGUUUUAGGGUAACCGCAAGUGAGAUAUGUGCCUUGGAUACCAAGGGGAAGGGAUCGUGUAUGGGUGACUCAGGUGGUCCAUUGGUCACAACACGUAAACCCACACAACUUGUUGGUAUUGUUUCAUAUGGCACUGUGCCCUGUGCCCAAGGUAUACCCGAUGUCUACAGCAGAGUUUCCAGUUUUUUGCCAUUCAUUAAUAGAGUCGUCGCCAAUGAUAUACCAUGACGUCAUU